AAAAGCUAGAUUUUUUAGUCAUAUUCCGGUAUUCAGAGAGAUAGCAUUUGAGUAAAACAACCACCGGGCAACAAAAUUUCACCAAAAACAUUAGAAAAUUUGUAUAGUUUUCUUUAAUUUUUUGGAAAGAAAAAUUUGUAAGCAAAAUGUCAAACUGUCCGGAGUUUGGUUGGGAGUACAGUCAUGGCCGAGGUCAGAGCAACAACUUCUCCCAGAUGGGAAUGAAUGGUUCGUCCCCUGGUGCUGGUCGCCAGUGGCUACAUUCAAACCAAGCUUAUACUGCGAAUACUGGAAAUACUGGCUCCAUGCAAAAUUCUGGACAGAACUCUUACGGCUCGCCUAGUGAUCCUUUUGAAUCAUACAAUCAAAGUAUGAUGAAUCAAUAUGGAAAAUACAAUCCCUCCUACGGACAUUCCCUAAUGGGACCCGCUACGGUCAAUGUCAUGAUGCAAGAUUCGCCUCAAGGAAUGGGCAAUGGAAUGGGUCAUGGAAUGGAUGAAUCUAUGGGAAUGGAGCAAAGCAUGGGUCAUUUCAUGGGCCAGGGCAUGGGUCAGGGCAUGAGAAAUGGCCAUGGAUCCAUAGGUGCAAAUCCGCGGUUAUCUGGUGGCUUCACAAGAAGAUCGAAUGGACUCCAAUAAACCAUCCGCAGGCCACAGAGGAAGCUAGUUCUUAUAUCAUCCUCUACUCCUGAUCAAAUUUCAGACCAUUUCCACCGGAAAAGACAUUCUGAUCUAUUACAAUCAUAAUUUUAAGUGUAUUUCAACCAAGCCUUGAACAUGCAUAUUUUAAAUAAAUCAAAAUAUUGUAUAUGGCUAAA